GGGCGGGGCCGCAGCGCUCUGGGAAGCGCGGGGCCGGCGGCGGCGGGUGAGCGGGGCCGGCGGCGGGAGGGGGGAGGCCGGGGCGGAGCGGGGCCGGGCGGGGCCGGGACCGUCGUCUGACGGCCCCGCGCCCGCCAUGAGCAGGGCGCAGCUGACGCGGACGGGGAUCCUGCGGAUGGCGCUGGGGGGCGGCGGCGGCGCCGCCGACCCGCUGCUGCCGGCGGAGGACGGCGAAGGCCGGCGGGUGCCCUUCCUGCUGCGGGCCCUGCGCAUCGCCGUGGUGGUCUGCCUCUACUGGUUCACCUCCAUCGCCAUGGUCUUCCUCAACAAGUACCUGCUGGACAGCCCCUCGCUGCGCCUCGACGCCCCCAUCUUCGUCACCUUCUUCCAGUGCACCCUGACGGCCGCCCUCUGCCUGGGCCUCAGCCUGGGGGCGGCCUGCGGGCCCCCCUGCCCUGGCCUGCCUGCCCUCCGCCUCGACCCCAAGGUGUCCCGCAGCGUCCUGCCCCUCUCUGCUGUCUUCAUCGGCAUGGUCACCUCCAACAACCUCUGCCUCAAGUACGUCGGCGUGGCCUUCUACAACGUGGGGCGCUCCCUCACCACCGUCUUCAACGUGCUGCUCUCCUACCUGCUCCUCAAGCAGACCACCUCCCUCUAUGCCCUCCUGGCCUGCGGAGUCAUCAUAGGUGGCUUCUGGCUGGGUGUUGACCAGGAAGGAGCAGAAGGCACUCUGUCAUGGACAGGUAUAUUCUUUGGGAUCUUAGCAAGCCUGUGUGUCUCGCUCAAUGCCAUCUACACCAAGAAGGUCCUGCCUGUGGUGGAUGGUAGCAUCUGGCGCCUGACCUUCUACAACAACGUCAAUGCUUGUGUCCUGUUCUUCCCCCUCAUGAUGCUGCUGGGCGAGUUCCGCACCCUCUACCACUUCGACAAGCUGGGGAACCCCAGUUUUUGGGGCAUGAUGACCCUGGGGGGAGUGUUUGGCUUUGCCAUUGGGUAUGUGACUGGACUUCAGAUUAAGUUCACUAGCCCGCUCACCCACAAUGUGUCUGGGACAGCCAAGGCCUGUGCCCAAACUGUGCUGGCUGUUAUCUACUUUGAGGAGACAAAGAGCUUCUUGUGGUGGACGAGUAACUUGAUGGUUCUGGGUGGCUCCUUCGCCUACACGUGGGUGAAAGGACUGGAGAUGAGAAAAGUGCAAGAGGAUCCUAAUGUCAAAAGCAGCGAAAGAAAUGAGACUGGUGUGUAGGGGGCUCCUGUGCCUCCAUUUCUGUGCCCGGGGGGUUAACCUUUGGUGCUCCUUUCCUCCUGGGUAGAAGAGGAGCAAGGAGCAGGGGAAAAAUUCACCUGCAAAAUGUAUGGGGAACCGUGUCAGGAACCAGAGCCAAAGAGCUGACUGGAUCGUGUUUUAUCCAUGGGGCCUCGCCCUGUAUCGAAGUUGGGGAGAACAUGUGUUGUAGAGAGCAAUCAGGUUUUUUUUGUGAUCGUUUUUUAAAAUGAAUGUUGCUAUUGACCUAAUCUGGGCAAUUUGCAUCUCUGGGUGGGUGGGCUCAUAGCAGACAAAGACUGGGAUGGGAGCUCUGUGUAGUUAGAGAUCUAGAAUUAACUGAAUGAAUGCAGUCUGAAGUUACAAAAUCCUGAACCUCCAUGUAAGGAAGAGGCAGGUAGCCAGAGUGUUGGGGACAGAUUCCAGUAAACUUUUCUGCUGUAAAAGGAUUGGCAACAGCUGUGCUUCCUGUUGCCCCAUUCAGUGCAAAGGAUGGGAAAUUCCCUCUGUUCUGGUUCUGUACAAGCCUAAGCAGCAGCACUG